UGUUGGUAUCCCAAAGAAGGAGGCCGCUGUAAUGUCAUCACUUUUUCCCCAUAGGACACACGUGGAAAAUGGUGAAGAGCAGAUGUUAAUGGCAGAAGAUCGUGGGCCUGAUUUGAUUCAUCCUCAGGAUUUUGGGAGGCAAUGCAGAAGCAGUUUAGCAAAUUAUCACUGCAAGGAGGAAAGAGAACACCUGAUAGCCCAUGAGAGUCUGGAUUAUUUGCCUUCACACAGUAACGUUUAUAAGAAGUGGCUACAAGAGAAAACAUAUGGAAAAGAGUGGGAUCGAUGGCUGCUGAUGGGGCUAAUUGGAACAGCAGUUGGGAUGCUGGGGUUUUUGACUCAUCAGAUAAUUGACUCUCUCAUCAAAUUGAAAUGGGACCUGGUGGGAAAUUACCUACAGGAUGGCAACAUCCACAUGACCUGGCUGUGUGUGCUCGGCUCCGGGCUGGCCAUGGUGUUUCUCUCUUCAGGCUCAGUGCUGUUCUUUUGCCCAGCAGGGUCACCGUCUGGCUUGCCAGAAAUCAUUGGGUAUUUGAAUGGCACUUCUAUUCAACAUCUUUUCAACAUCAAGACCUUUUUAGGGACGUUUGUCUCAUGCGUGCUGGCUGUAGCCUCUGGGCUUUUCUGUGGGCCAGAAGGUCCCAUGAUCCAUUUGGGUGCUCUCCUGGGUUGUGGCCUGAGCCAGCUGCAGUCGGACACCCUUGGCAUCCACCUCCCGAUCUUCACCAAGUUUCGGAAUUCAGUUGAUAAGCGCAGUUUCAUUACAGCUGGCGCGGGAGCAGGGAUAGCUUCGGUAUUUCGUGCCCCCAUUGGUGGGCUCUUGUUCACGUUAGAAGAAGUGUCUUCAUUCUGGGACAUCAGGCUGGCCUGGCAAACCUUCUUCUGCUGCUUGAUGGCUACCUUCACCACGGAUUUACUGUCCUCUUCUCUCUAUGGAUUUGUUUACAGAGGUCAUUUUGGAUUUUUUGAAGCAGAGAAAAGAAUUAUAUUUUGGGUUAAGAACUUGCUGGAUAUGAAUGUCUUGGCCUUCGUUCCGACCAUCUUCCUUGGAAUGCUUGGUGGUCUUCUGGGAGCACUCUUUGUUUCCCUAAAUAUAAAGAUUAAUAAAUUACGUAUGCAGUUCUUUAAUUCAAUUCCAAAAUUAUCCCUUAGAAAAACAAGCAAGCUAUUGGAAACUGUGCUCAUCCUUGUAUGUACGACGACUGUUACAACGUACUUACCGUAUUUCUUUCCUUGCACUCCAGUCAUGAGCGUGAGAAACUACCAGCUGAGAAACAGCUCAGGAAUCAUAAAUCAGUUCAAGAGGGAAAUUUCAAAAUAUACCUGUUCAUCAAACACAUGGACUGGCCCCGAUGGAGUCAGAUAUUCUAAUCAAACUUUCAAUCAAGCUGCUGCACUUCUAGUUGAAAAUGGGAAGCAAGGGAUCACAUAUCUUUUUAAGCGUGGGACUCAUGAAGAGUUUGGAUACACAUCCCUCUGCACUGCUUUGGCAUUUUAUUUCAUCCUCAGCUGUUGGACAGCAGGUUCUGCUGUUGCCAGUGGCCUGGUUAUUCCUAUGCUGUACACAGGAGCUUUGUAUGGCAGGAUAAUUGGUUUGAUCCUUGUUUCCAUUUUUGGUGUUCCAACUAAUGAAUACGGAGCAUGGAUUGAUCCAGGUCUCUUUGCUGCCAUUGGAGCUGCUUCCUUUUUCAGUGGUGUGUCAAGACUAACCAUCUCCCUCACUGUGAUAAUGGUAGAGAUCACAAAUGAUGUCCAGUCCUUGCUACUGAUAAUGCUGGCUGUCAUGGUGGCCAAGAUGGUUGGCGACUUGUUCAAUGCAUCGCUGUACAGUUCCCUCCUGAAGCUGAAAUGCAUUCCUUACUUGGAUGUGGAACCUUUUGCUCAUCACAGGAGAAAACGGUUGAACCUGGAAUUGUUCUCUGCCAGGGACGUCAUGGAGCCUGGCGUCAGAGUCCUUCACCUGAAGGAAAGCAUUGCUUCCUUGGCUCAGCUUCUUGCAAGUACAAGCCAUGGCGGAUUCCCAGUGGUUUGCAGGCCCAAGCCAGACCAUGCAGAGGUGUUCCAGGGAACUAUUAAAAGGUUAGAGCUGUGCAUGCUGCUGGAGAAUGAGCACCUCUUUGAACCAGAGACAAAUGAUGAGUCUUUUUCCUCCUCUCAUCUUCUCUCCUAUCAGAAGAUAACAGUGGAGAAGCUGCCCAAUCUGUCGCGCCUAACCAUGCUGCUGAAUCGCUACGCUACAGAUCCCCGGUAUCAGCAACUCUUCAUCAAUCUGGAGCCAUACAUAAACAAAUCUGCAAUGUCAGUUCAAGCUCAUUUCUCACUGCAACGCACCUACAUCAUCUUUCGCACCCUGGGCCUGCGCCACCUCACUGUUGUCGACCUGCAGAACCGAGUAGUUGGGGUGAUCACCAGGAAGGACCUGAUGCCUUUGCCACUGGAGAUGAGGCUGAGGCUCCAGCUGGCACCACAGAAUCCUGAUGCAGGUGAUCAACCCCUGGAUUCAAGGCUAUGGAUGCAUUCUUAGGCUUUGUUACUUCUUUUUGAGCCCAUGCUCUUCUUCAGGGAAAAAAAUCAGAGCUUUUCCACUUGAUCCCUUCUGGAGAGAGAUGCUUAAAAGCUGUUGUACGUAGACAUGUGGGAUUGUAGCCCAGAGCUAUGUCUCUUCAGCUGUUUGGUGACUGCAAAAUUAAUUAGUUUAAAUGUUUGUGAGACAAAAUAAGAAUUCACGUGUUUAUGGAAGAUGUACAUAAAAUCAGAUGUGAAGGAUGGAUGUCAAGAAUGCUUUUUGUCGCACUGUGUCUACGCCUCCCAGUGAAAAAAUGUCAUAACCAUUAACAGCAGUUAUGUUGUCAAAACUUUCAGUGAGGACUAAAUCUUCAACCUCUAAUUAUCUGCCUAUUAAAAAGGAGAAUGUUUCCAUAUCAGUGUCUUUUUGUUGUAAUACGUAUGCUUAACUGAAAGGAAACACUGCCUUGAGAGAGGUGGGCCACUGAGAGGAACAAGGGAUUGGCCAUUCUUAUUGGCCUACCUGUAUUAGAAAUGGAAAGGGAGGAUUGUAUGUAAGAAAGAUAACGCCUGUGGGGCUCCUGCCAAAUUCCCUUCACACUUCUCCAUGGGAAACUUGAUAUGCUCUUCUGUUGCCUACAUUUCUUUCAAUUUCUGCAACUCCUAGAACAGGCUUUCUUUCUCUCCUUCCACCUGAUACAAUAACAUUCUUAGUUAAGUUCUUGUGCAGUGAAGUAUGGGGCAAAUUCUAAUCAUGGGGAAGCAACAUGAGAAAUUGUGGGAGUAGUUUUUGUGUAUAUAGCGGCGUAUCUACACACUGAGCACAAAUUAAAUACUUUGUGAUUUUGGAGUCAUACAGUGUUUGAAACCUUGGAAAAUGUUGUCUGUUAAUAAAUUAAUGUGAACAUAUUUUUGGAAAAAGAUGCUUUUAGAUUUCAUUCUAUGACUUUGUAAUUGAUGUUUAAUUUUGUUCUGUUAAAUACCAGAGGGAUUCCCACAGAUUUGGAUAUUAAAAUCAAACAUGUACAAAGGAAUCCACCACUAUUAAUAUUGUUAUAAUGAAUACCAAAGAAAACUAGUAAUAAUUUACUGGUUAUAAAAACAUGCCAAAAUUCCUGAAAGUGCAUUUCUGGCAUUUUAAUCAUGCAGCUUUGAGUCUCUUAUGAAUCAAAGAUUUGUUGGAUUUUCCCAUUUUCCCUGCUGGAUCUUGUCUUUAUUAUCAAUAAUGUUGCUUUUUUAGCACGCCAGAGAAUGCACAGCACUUUAAAACUUAAGUGUCCCGUCAACGCAGAUAGCUGGCAGCCCACAAACUUAUGAAGGUAUAUGAGAAAGGUUCUUUAAAUGGUCAGUUAAAAUACGUCAUAUGCAGGGUGAGAAAUGCUUUGCAAAUCAUCCAUCCAAGAGACAGGGAGGUGGAUGUUUAUUUAGAUCCUGUUACAGUUAGUAAUCUUUUGUUCAUUAGUGCAUCACUAAGGUCAUUGUCACUAUUGAUCUAUGCCUCGCCUACCUGAAAAACGCAAAGUUUUUCUUGAAGGAAUUCAUGUUUGUGUGCUAGCAGAACAAGAGAUCUAAUCUAGAAACCCGUUGUGAUUUCCCCUUAAGGCAGUGAGAAUCUCUUCUCUUGAUAACCAAAUCUGAACAACCUUGCUGUGAAUUUGCAUUUUUGGUUCAAAGCCCAUUGCUGAUUUCCUUUUCCUUGAUUUAUUGGGUACACAAAGUAUCAGCUUUCUAAGACCUGAGUAAUGUAAUUUCUUUUUGCCUACAGUAUCUGUGGCUAAAUGACUCAGUACAAGCUGUAGCUGGGUGUACUUUGCAGAGUAUGAGGGCUAGAGACAGCCAGGAUAUCUGUAACUUGUUACACAACUUUGAACAGGUCACUUAAAUGCUUGGCAUGUCGUUUACUCUGCCCUUAAAGUUGGAACAGUGAUAUGGAUCCACCGUAGUUACUGUGAAGAGUACAUGUGCAAAAGAUAUUAUAGGAAUAGAAACUGUUUAUAAUAACAUUUUGUGCAGGCCAGUUGUAAAAAGCAGUGUGGGACUAGGUUCUGCCCCCCAGUAACAAGUGUAAUUUCUAAGGAAAAGUUCACACAAUUUACGUGGAACUUCUUGUAACUGUGUUGUGAGCUGCAUGUGGGAUGGCAUGCUGCAUUUUUCCAUACAUAAUUACCUAGUUCCAUUGCUACAUGGGGUUUUCUGUAAUAUAUGUGUGUCCUGAAGACACACAAAAUGGAAUCCCUCCUAGCACUUCCUAAAACAGGUGGGUCCCUUAUAUUCUGGACUCCAGUGUCAAAUCCAUCUCAUCACAAACCGUAAUAGGUCUCUAAGGCACGGCAGUAACAAGUAGUCAUAUCAUUUGACCCUUUGGCACAAGAUACUUCUGUUUUAAUUCUUGUCUGCUUGUAGUGAACAGUAAAUGUUCUGCUAUUUCUUCACUCGAUUUGAACUAAAGACUUGGUAGUUAAAGAUGCUAUUUUUAUAUGAAAUACAGUUUGUUUAUGAAUUUUCACAGUUUCUGAACACAAAUCUCUGUGACAGAUACAAAGGCUUCACAAUAAAAUUCAAGCCAUUGGCAUUA